AUGGCCGCGGGGGCGAAAUCAGAGUGCGUGAAGGGUAGUCGGAGGAAAAUUAGUGAGGGAGAUACUUGGUUGAAGGGAAAAAAGAGGAAGGGGAAUGAGGGAAAGGGAGAAGCAAAAGGGCCUGAGGUUCAAGAAAACGCCAUGUCGAGAGUGCAGAUUUGUCCUGAGGGUGUACUUAAGCUUGGUCGAGAAAAUCCAGGAAAUUUUACCUUAAACCCCGCACAAGUUCGACUCGAGUCGAAAGAGAAAGAGAGACAACACGAGAAACUUGAGAGAUUCCAAUUGACUGCGAGAGGUUCACGAGAGAAAAUGUUAGUUAAUAUUUGGAUUCUCUUCUUCUUUCUAUUUUCCUCCUUAAUAGCUACAACAGUAUCGACUGAUACGACAACUGUUUCAAGUGGAUUAACAGGCACAACAAAUACAUCGAAUAUAACUCAGGUUCCACCUUUUUCAUCAGCAUUCUGCACAGGCAGUAAUGAAGUAUAUUCUCCCAAUGCUUUAAAUUUAGCAUGUCAACCUUCUUGCUCCUAUCCCGCUAUACAAACAAAUUGCCCUCAGGGAUAUUAUCCGGGUUGUGUUUGCAAUACGUUUUAUAUAAGGGACAGUAAUUACGCAUGCAUUCUUGCAGAGGCUUGCCCAACAACAACCACAGUUGCCGCGACAACGUGUCAAGCCAAUCAGACAUACGAUGCAAGGGCAGCAGAUCCCACUUGCAGACCUACAUGUCAGAAUCUUUCUGGAUCUUUGACUUGUAGUGCGGCUCUUUAUCCAAGUUGUGUUUGCGCAAAAAAUUACGUAAUUAGUAAUACAACCACCAAUAGUUGUAUAUUUAUAACUGACUGUUGACUAUUUAAAAUAAUCCACAGAAUUAUUGUCUUUCAAGUGAAAUAAAAAAAAACGUAAU